AUGGCUGGUUCGUCUCCAGCCGGUCCGGCGGACGCGCUGGCCGCGUCUCCUUCUCCGUCUUCUUCUGAGUCUUCCGCCUCCAGUUUGGUUUCCCCCCUUGCCUCUGCUUCCGCAAUGCCGUCUUCGGCCUCAGCCUGCUCGCCCUCUGCCGCGGCGCCUCUGCCGCCCAGUUCGAAGGACGCGCUGACGCCUUUCGAGCGGAUGUUCAGCGGGAUGGCGAGCGGCAUUUUAACCAAGACUGCAUGCGCGCCCAUGGACCGUCUGCGUCUGCUCUUCCAGGUUCAGGGCAUGCUGUCGCACCAGCGGGAACGCCAGGUGCCGGCUCGACAGCCCUCGUCGUCUUCCUCUGCGCCGGCGCCCUCCUCCGUCGCCUCGCCGGCCUCUGCGUCUGCGCGCAGCGCGCCUGCAGAGCCCAAAACGCCGCUGGCGACCGCGUUCUCCGUCUCGCAGCGCGCUGUCGCGGCGUCUGGGAAGAAGUACUCGGGGGUGCUCGCGUCGCUGCGACUUGUCGUUCAAGAGGAAGGCGUCGCAGGCUUGUGGCGGGGGAACGGCGCGAACGCAUGCAGAGCCGCGGCCGCCUAUGCGGUCAAGUUCCCCACGAACGACUGGGCCUGCAGCCUCCUGGAGCGGAUGCAGGGGGCACGCGCGGGGAGGGCUGUGCUUCAGAGUGCCGAGGCACGCGGCGGCCGCGACAGAUCAUCCGCAGAGACUGAGUUGCGCGCCGAAAAAAGGGCAGACAAGCGAGCCACGGAGAAGCGACUCGGCGUGGGGGGUCUGAUGAUCGCUGGGUCACUUGCAGGCGCGCUCCAGAAAGCGCUGUGCUACCCCCUGGAUCUCGUCUCCGUUCGCAUCGCGGUUGGCAUCAACACAGCCGCUCUCGCGGGCUACGCCGCCGCCACGCCUGCUCCGUCUAAACCGCAAGCGGCUUCUCCCUCAACGCCUCAGUCUCCGGUCGCUUCCUCCAACUCGUCUCCGCGCCUUUCCUCUUCUUCUUGCUCUUCUUCUUCUUCCUCGUCUUCGCUUCGAGGGCAGCCUGCACCUGGCGCGCCGAAGGGGGCGAGCGAGGCGCGGCUGUACGCGGGCAUCUGGCACUGCGUGAAGCGCAUUUACGUCACUGAGGGCGUCGCGGGGUUCUACAAAGGCUUUGCAGUGGCGCUUUGGUCCGGAGUACCUUACGUCAUGCUGCAAAUGACUUUCUACGAACUCUGGAAGCGAGAGAUCGAAGCGGCGAUAUCGCCCUCUCAAAAGGCGGGCGCCACCCCGUCCCUCCAGGCUCCUGCAGCUCCGUCAGUUCCCUCUUCAUACUUUAAGACUUUGCUAGCGAGCACGAUGGCAGGGAGCUUGGCGAACUUUAUGGCCCAGCUCGUGGUCUUCCCCUUCGACACAGCCCGCAAGCGCCUCAUGACCGACGGCAUUGACGGCCGCCAAAAACUCUACAGCUCGUGCCGGGCGUGCAUGCUGUCGAUUUACCGCCGCGAAGGUUUCGCGGCUCUAUUCGCCGGCCUGUGGCCCGCGACGCUUCGGUGCCUUCCGGCAGGUGCGCUUCAGUUCGCCUCCUACGAGUGCUUCAAGUUCUUCUUCCAGAUGCAACACGAGAAACGCAUGCGUUAG